AAAAACUUAAAGUACAAAUUUUUAUAAUUCAAUCAAAAACUGCUGUGAAUUUUUAAAGAAUAUAAGUUUGAGAUUAUUUUAAUUGAUAUUUAGAAGGCUGCAGAUCUUAGCUGCAAUAUAGGCGAGCUGCUAGAACUUUCAUGGAAAUUCUUUGAUAAAGAUAUAUUUUUUGUGACCCAGAAAAUUCAGAGUUUGGUUAAAAAUCAAAUAUUUGAUUAAAAUCAGUCUGAUUAUGUUGGUUAAAUUUCCAUGGAUUGCUCAAGGUGCAUCUAAUCAGUAUGUAGCUACAUUCAUAGUUAAUAUUCUUGCAAUCAUUCAUGGAUCUACAGUUGGAUGGACAUCUCCAAUGAUUCCAUACCUCAAAUCUGAUGAAACUCACCUAAAAUCAGGACCAAUUGAUGCGACAGAAGCUUCUUGGAUUGGUUCUUUGAUGUCUGCUGGAGCACUAGCCAGCAUCUUAGUUUUUGGGAAGCUUGCUGAGUAUUUUGGAAAGAAAAAGUGCUUGAUAUUCUUAUGCCUGCCAAAUUUGACAUUCUGGGUGAUGACUUAUCUGUCAACUGAUGUUAUUCAUCUUUAUAUAGCUCGUAUUAUUGCUGGCAUCACAAAUGGCGGCCUCCUCAGAAUAGUUCCACUCUACAUAGGAGAAAUUGCAGAAAGCAGCAUUAGAGGCAAACUCGGUGCUUAUUUUCCACUAGCAAUGUAUAUUGGAAUUUUCUUUAUGUUCGUCCUCGGAACUUACUUGAAUUAUUUUACAAUCCCACUUGUGAUGAUUCCAAUUUUGGUUCUGUACUUCUUUUUGAUGUUUUUACUGCCGGAAACACCGCAGCACUUAUUGAGAAAUCAUAAGGAUGAGAAGGCAUUAAAAUCAUUGAAAUUUUACAGGAAUUGUAAUGAAAAGGAUAGUCAGAAUGUUGAGGCUGUUACAGAUGAGUAUGAAGCUUUGAGGGCGAAUAUUUUGAAUGUUCAUAAGCAGGAUGUGAAGCUGAAGGACUUUGUCGAACGAUCAGCACGUCGUGGCCUCAUCAUGAGCUUCUUCUUGAUAUUCAUCAACUCAUUUUCUGGAAACAUGAUAAUCUUGUCAUACACAGCAGAUAUCUUUAAAUCCUCAGGCUCAUCGCUCAGUGCCAAUGAAUCUUCAAUGAUUGUCGCAUCCAUCCAGUUUAUUGGAAUCUACAUAGCCAGCCUGUUUGUUGACAAAUUUGGAAGGAAGAUUCUCAUGAGUAUUUCAUGCCUUGGAUCAGGAUUGUCAUUGCUAGCUUUAGCUUCUUACUCAUAUGUCGAUAUUAACUUUGAAGUUUCCAAUAAUCUAAAUUGGAUCCCGAUCGUCAGUUUGUCAUUUACGAUUUUUCUGAAUUCGAUCGGAAUUUCUUCAUUGCCAUUUAUGAUUGUGACUGAAUUGGUUCCACAGAAGAUCCGAGAAGCUACUGUGAUGAUCUGCAUGGCUCUAAUCACGACAUUUGCAUUCGUCAAUCUUAAGGUAUAUCCACCGCUAGUUGAGAUCAUUAACCUGUAUGGAUGCAUGUACAUUUAUGCUGGAUUUUGCAUCAUGGGAACUUUUGUGACAGUCUUUAUCAUGCCUGAAACUAAGGGGAAGAAUUUAUUCCAGAGUCAAUAGACGAGAAUCACCUGAUUAUGAUGAAUAAAAUUAAAAUAUUUUUUUUGCCAAUAAAACCAGUUGACGAAUGUCAGAAUGCACAACUGAAAAAUUGUUGUGAAUUUUUAUCAUCUCGCAAAUCUAACAA